AUGUCUACUACUAUUGAACACGUGUCCGCCUUUAUCGAGGGCGCUCCGCCCGGCGAGCUCGCCGACGUCGUUGCCGAUGUGCAGGCCCUGACCUCCGAGGAGGGCGAUAUCAUUCCCUCUCUCGCCCCCGCAUUCGAACGAUACAAUGAAGCCCAGCUCACCACCGUGAAGCUACCGGGCUCCAGCCAGGAGGUUAUCGUCAGUGAGUUCAAUAAGGUCGAGGGCAACCGCUAUUUCGACCCAGAGAGCCAGACCUCGUUCGAGAUCGACCACAUUACUCAGACUGCCUCCGCGGCUCAAUCAGCACCAUUGGAAUCGCAGAAUGCCGAUUUGAUUAAAUCACUCAUCAAGUCACUGGGCAUCCAUGCCCGCGAACACUACCCCAACUGCUCAUACGGCGUGUACCCAACCGAGAACGACUCGGCCGUCGCAAUCCUCCUCGUUGCCAACCGCUACUCCCCGAAUAACUUCUGGUACGUUAUCCAAGCUCUUCCGAAUAAGGGGCAGUAUACUAUUGUCUACCGUGCAGUGCAUAUGCAUUCUGAUCAGCACGAACUAACCACCUCUUCUCAUAGGAACGGUCGUUUUCGCGCAAUCUACCAAGUCCCGGUCUCCUCCUCCACCUCCAUCAACGGCAAGAUCCACGUCGACGUGCACUACUACGAAGACGGCAACGUCGCUCUCAACACAACCAAGCCCAUUUCUCUCUCCGUACCCAGCAUCUCCGCGGAGUCCAUCAUCUCGCGCAUCGCUACGGCCGAGCGCGAUUACCAGGAAGAAUUGAACCGAGCAUUUGUGGCCAUGGCUGAGGGAACUUUCAAGGGUCUCCGACGACAGCUUCCUAUUACUAGGCAGAAGGUUGAGUGGGAGAAGGUCGGUGGAUACCGAUUGGGACAGGAUAUUUCUGGCGGUAAGGGUCGUUGA